UGUGAAACGUCAAAUAAGUUUCUUGACAUAAUUGAAUUGUAUUAGUAUCCGGAUCUUUAAAUAUGUUUAUUUAUUAAAUUCUUAUUUUUUAUGCGUAAUAAUAACAUAAGUUAUGGUUCGAUUAGUUAAACAUUUAUUCGCUGUCAAUCCGACAAAGAUAUAUUACAGAUAUGUAAUAAGACGGCAAAGUAGUUCAGAUGCCUCAAAAAAAGAAAUAGAUGUGAGAAGGAUACGGAACUUUAGCAUAGUAGCGCAUGUAGACCACGGAAAGAGCACUUUGGCGGACCGACUGUUGGAAAUCACUGGAGUUAUAAAACCGGGAGCUGAACGGGCACAAGUUCUUGAUCAACUUCAGGUGGAAAGAGAAAGAGGCAUCACUGUCAAGGCUGUAACUGCUUCAUUAAAUUAUACAUAUAACAAUGAGACAUACCUCCUCAAUCUUAUUGAUACUCCUGGACAUGUGGAUUUUGCCAAUGAGGUAGUUCGGAGUGUGACAGCUUGCCAAGGAGUCAUCAUGCUGGUAGACGCUAAUGAAGGAAUUCAAGCUCAAACAGUAGCAGUACACAAUCUGGCCAAGAGGAAUAAUCUCGUAAUCAUACCAACACUAAAUAAAGUCGACUUGCCCCGAGCCAAUCCGGAUAAAGUUAAAAAGCAAUUGAAACAAGUUUUUAAUAUAGAUGAAAAUUCUGUACUGAGUAUAUCGGCAAAGAAAGGAUGGGGUGUACCCGAGUUACUUCAGUCUGUAAUAGAAAGGAUACCACCACCAGCAGUGGAAUCCGAAGGGCAUUUCAGAGCCCAUAUAAUAGAUACCUGGCAUGACAAGUACAGAGGAGUGCUAUGCUUGGCUUAUAUACAUUCGGGGAGAGUGCAAGUGGGACAGGCAGUAAAAUGGAGUUCCGAUUCCAAAGUAAAUACUGUGAGGCAUUUAGCGUUGCUGAGGCCUGACGAGGAAGCAAUAGAAGAGGCUGUCGCUGGACAAGUCGUAAUGGUAGGGUGCGGCCCUAAAGGCGGUGGAGGUGUCGGGGAACAACUACUAUCCAAAGAGCUGGCGGAAAGUGGUGCGGUGACAGGCAUGCCUCCGGUGAAGCACAUGGUGUAUGCGGGGAUUUUUCCCGCGGAUCAAUCGCAGCACGCUAUGGUCAGCGACGCUAUUCGGAAACUCGCGCUCAACGAUUCUGCCGUCUCCGUCUCACCCGAUUCUAGUCCCGCUUUAGGACAAGGAUGGCGUAUCGGUUUCCUUGGACUGUUGCAUUUAGAGGUGUUUACGCAGAGAUUACUGCAGGAGCAUAAAGCAGAGGCUAUACUCACGGCGCCCUCCGUGCCUUAUAAAGUUAAGAUCAAAGGGGCGAAACUGUUAAAGCAGUAUAGAACCGACGUAAUUUUAAUCACAAAUCCAUUACAACUACCGGAUCCAAACAAUAUAGAGGAAUAUUACGAGCCAUUUGUUUUAGGUACAAUAAUAACGCCAGUGGAGUUCAUCGGCGCUGUGACGACCCUGUGCAUCGACCGGCGCGGCGCCCCGCUCCCCUCCAGCGCGGUGGACGACCAGAUGACCAUGCUGCAGUUCGUUCUACCACUCGCGGAGGUGGUGGUCGACUUCCACGAUACUCUCAAGAGUAUAACUUCAGGGUUCGCCAGCUUCGAUUAUCAGGAUAAUGGGUUUCAUCCGAGUCCUUUGGUCAGGAUGGAUAUAUUACUGAACGGGUCGCUAGUGGACGAGUUGUCGACGAUCGUGCAUGCUAGUCGGUUGGAAUACAACGCCAGGCGGCUCACGGAGAAGUUGAAAGCUAUGAUACCGCGUCAGAUGGUGCAGGUUGCAAUACAGGCUGUGGUCGGUGGAAAAGUAUAUGCUAGAGAAACAAUCAAAGCUUAUAGAAAAGAUGUCACGGCUAAACUGUACGGCGGAGAUGUGACGAGAAGGAAAAAGCUUUUGAAACAACAAGCGGAGGGCAAGAAGAAAAUGCGCAGUGUUGCCAACAUUAAAAUACCUCGAGAUACAUUUAUCGACGUACUCAAAAAACAAUAAACUGUGUCAUAAUUCAG